AUGAAAUUCUACGCCCUUUUGGUACAAGACCCUCUGUCACUUGUCCGCAAGACGCAAGUGGCCCCAAAAGUGUACCGGAUUAUUUUUGCUUUGCCCCGUUCCAACGACCCUCUUGGCCUGCCAACAGGCCAGCACAUAGCACUCCAGGCAAAGAUCAACGGGGAAAGCAUUGCACGAUCUUACACACCAGUGUCCAAUAACAACGAUCUGGGCCGCAUUGAGCUGCUGGUGAAAGUCUACGAAGGCGGUCUGAUGACGGAGCACCUUGAAAAAAUGCAGAUCGGUGACACCAUCGAUAUUCGUGGCCCCAAGGGCACAAUGGAGUACAACCAAUCAUACGCGCGGCAUAUUGGCAUGAUCGCUGGUGGCACUGGCAUUGCACCCAUGUACCAGCUGGUGCGCGCAAUUUGCGAGGACACGUCAGACAAGACAAAGGUCAGCCUCAUUUAUGCCAACAAUUCAGAGAGUGACAUCCUCCUCUUUGAAGAACUUGAAGGCUUUGUGAAACAGUGUCCCGGCAAGUUUGACGUCCACUACGUGUUGACAAAGCCACCGGUAGACUGGAAGGGCAGCAAGGGAUAUGUGACGGCAAGCAUGAUUAGCAAGCAUUUGCCGGCGCCUGCUGCAGAUACGAAGAUCCUACUUUGCGGUCCACCAAUGAUGGUUAACGCCAUGAAGGCACACCUAGCGGAGAUAGGGUUUGAGAAACCAAGCGUUAUAUCGAAAGCAACAGACCAGGUUUUUUUGUUUUAG